AUGACCAAGGUCCUUCUCCUCGGCGCUACAGGUUACGUUGGCAAGCGACUAGCCGACACUCUUGUCCGAAGCGGCCAAUACAAAGUGUACGGCAUCGCUCGCUCGGAGGCUAAGGCAAAGACACUGGCUCUGGCAGAGGUUACGCCCAUCAUCUGCGCUGAUCCGGUCAAUGAGCCCGCAGCCUAUAUGGAUGCCGUCCGCAACCAGCACAUCGAUGUCAUCGUUGAUAUUGCCGGAGCGCACCAAGAGUCGGCUAAGUUCCUCAGUCACGCAAAGGAGAUUGCUAAAGAGCGAUUGAACAGCUAUGCUGCCGCUGGCAUCACGGGCCCCAAGCUGGGCUUCAUCUACUGCUCCGGCACCUGGGUCCACGGAUCCAGCAACCAGCCGGUGAACGAUCUUCACAUUGCCGGCCCCAAUGCUGCCACUCCUCCUCGGGCCCUUGUUGCGUGGAGAGUUGGACUCGAAAAUUCCAUCCUUGCUUCCUCAGACGUUUUGGAUGUCGCUGUUGUACGGCCUGCUCUGAUCUAUGGCCGCGAAAACACCAUUUGGACUCCGUUCAUCUUGCCACUUCUCCAAGCGGCCCGCAGUGGCUCAUCAGAGCCUGUCAACAUCCCCCUGCAAGCCGACGCCAGACCGGCUCUCAUCCACGUCGAGGAUGUGGCCACCGGUUUCCAAAAGGUGAUUGAGAAUCUGUCCUUGAUCAAUGGUGGCUCCGUUUACCCGGUCUUUGAUCUUCUCACCAGCCAGGAGAGCAUGUCCGAGAUCUUUUCAGCCAUAGCCUCUGCUUGGGGAUUCAAGGGAGAUUGCAAGUUGGUUGGACCUGGCGACGAUUUGUUUGCCGAAGCCAUGAGCACGACUCUGCGGGGUUCUUCAUCGCGUGCGAAGCAGCUGCUUGGAUGGGAGCCGACCAGGACUAAUGGAUAUGUGGCGGAUAUGGACGUGUAUGCGGCUGCCUUUGCCUCUCAGUACUGA